ACAUGAAGAUCUCAAGAGGCCCUGGAUUUGAUGCUUCUAAUAAUAUAACUGAACCUGAGAUAACGCCUUCAACCAGUGGAGUUCAAAUGACUAAAGAACAUGGCUCUCAUUCAUUGGCAAGAGGAGGUUCAACUUCUAGGGAAAACUCUGCUGAAUUCGUUUCAAAACUUGAUGGGCACAUGGAGGGUUCUAGUGGGAAUAACAUGAAGGGCAUAUCGAGUAGGAAAAGGGGUAGAGGCAUAAUUAAGUUCACAAAGCUGGGUGCACAUCAUGGUGCUACUGACAGGAUGCAUGUGGAAUUUGAUGAUGGCAAGAAUCCCCUUGGUGCAGAGGGGGGUAGAUUCAUUAGCUAUAUAGGCUUUAUAGCCCAAAGUAAAGUUGGCAUUUUGUUCCCUAAUUGGAAGUCAGUACCAGAAACUACAAGGGACACGCAUACUUAUGAUGUCCCUCCCACCCAUGAGAUGAAGAAGCAUUGGUUGCAGCAAGUACAUGGGCGAUGGAAAGAUUUUAAGACAAUACUCACCAGAGUAUACAUUCAAGGUGCUAAGAACAAUGAGGAUCCACGUUUAAAAUGCCCAUUUCUUGAUCAAGAGACCUGGAGAAAGUUUGUGGAGUCACGUCAAGACCCUGAAUUUCAAAAAUUAAGUGUUGUAAAUAAAGAGAGGCAGUCUAAAAAUUUAUAUCAGCGUUGUAUGUCUCGUGGGGGUUAUAAGAAAGUAGAGCAGAAUAUCAUGCAAGCUAAUUUGAAGACAACGCAGGAAGUUGCAAAAUCAAAUCCUGGCAUCAUUGUUCAGGCCCCAUCUCGUGCAACUCGCCACCAAAAAUGGAAGGAAGGGAGGAUAAAGAAAGGCCAAUAUAUAAAUCCAAAGGUUGCUGAGAUUGCUGGAAAAAUUGAUGCACUUGAGAAGCAAAGUAGUCAAGGUUCCUUCACUCAAAAGGGGAGAAUGGACAUCUUGGCAACAGCAAUUGGGAAGCUGGAUCACCUUGGUCGUGUUAGAGAGGUAGGAAAAACGAUUGGUCUCAUUCAAUACUUUGGGCCAACUUCACGAAGCUCUCCAGCAAAUGUAUCUAAAGAGGAGAUUACGGCCAUGGUUCGAGAACAGAUUCGUAAAGCGCUUCAGGAAAUUUGUCAAUCAACUCGAAAUGAGAUUAUUGCUGAGCUUCAUGAUGAGAUGAGAACUAUGGUUCUGAAUGGUUUAGGGUGGUUUGACAUUGAAGAUUUUGAUGGUCAAUACAUGGGCAUGGGAAUAUGGGAUCUCUGCAGACAAGUUUGCUUGUUUGAGGUUGGUUUGAUCCUCAUAUGA